AUGUGCUUCGGGCCACAAUCCAGUGGAGAUAUCGAGGGAGUGAAAUUCUGUAUCUGCUUUCACCGACCUCAUCGCUUUCUCUCUCUUCCGAAGUUAUCGCCGGCGGCGGUCGAUCCGAACGGAAAUUCGCCGGAGAAUUCUGUCACUUGGACUGGAAUUUCCUUGGAACCACGAGAGAAGAUGAAGAUAAAUGUCAAAACUCUUAAGGGGAAUCACUUCGAGAUCGAAGUAAAACCCGAGGAUUCGGUUUCUGAUGUGAAGAAGAACAUAGAGACUGCUCAGGGAGCAGAUGUAUACCCUGCUGAAAAACAGAUGCUUAUUCACCAAGGCAAAGUGCUAAAAGAUGAGACCACAAUUGAGGAGAGCAAAGUUGCCGAGAACAGCUUUAUUGUCAUUAUGAUGGCCAGGGGUAAAACUGCUUCAACUGGAGCGUCUAGUGCAUCUGCUGGCCCUACAGCGCAGGCCAAGUCGACGCCUCCCUCAACACCACAGCCUUCAGCUUCUCUUCAGACUCCGAAUUCUGUAACAACACCAGCUACACCUCCACCAACACCCGCUUCAACACCUGCACCGGCACCUGUAGCUGCACCCGUACCUAUGUCUGCACCUGUACCUGAACCUGAACCUGUACCCGUACCUGCGUCCAUACCUGCGUCCAUACCAGCAAGCACUCCUACACCAGACUCAGCUGCUGCGGGAAGUCAAGCUGAUGUUUACGGACAAGCAGCAUCGAAUCUAGCGGCUGGAAGUAAUUUAGAGAGUACCAUUCAGCAGAUUCUUGACAUGGGUGGAGGAACCUGGGAUCGUGACACUGUUAUCCGAGCACUUCGUGCUGCAUUUAACAACCCCGAAAGAGCUGUGGAAUAUCUUUAUUCCGGAAUCCCUGAGCAACCUGAAGUUCCACCAGUUGCCCGUGCCCCAGCUAGUGGUGGACCACCGGCAAAUCCUCCAACACAGGCUCAACAACCUGCACCAGCACCCGCAAGUGGUCCAAAUGCAAAUCCAUUGGAUCUCUUCCCACAGGGCUUGCCAAAUGUUGGAGCAAAUCCUGGUGCUGGAACACUUGACUUCCUGCGCAACAGCCAACAGUUCCAAGCUCUGCGAACAAUGGUGCAAGCAAACCCUCAAGUCUUGCAGCCUAUGCUUCAGGAACUGGGAAAGCAGAACCCAAACUUGAUGCGUUUGAUUCAAGACCACCAAGCUGACUUCUUACGCUUAAUCAACGAACCCAUUGAAGCGGGAGGAGAAAGUGGCAACCUCUUUGGCGAGGCGGGAAUGCCACAGCCUCAGGCGAUCCAAGUCACAAUUGAAGAACGUGAAGCAAUUGAACGGUUGGAAGCGAUGGGAUUCGAGAGAGCAUUGGUGUUGGAAGUUUUCUUUGCGUGCAACAAGAACGAAGAGUUGGCUGCAAACUAUCUUCUAGAUCAUAUGCAUGAAUUCGAAGAAUAG